AUGUCCAACCUAGCUGCGGGCGACGCCCAACUCUUCGAAGACACCUUCACGGUGACCUCGUACGACCAGAGCAAGUACGACCGCGUCGCACGUAUCGGGGGCACCUCGACGGACAACCUGACGCAGCUAUCUCUCGACAUCAACACGGAGCUAUUUCCUGUGCGGGUGGGACAUAACCUCGAAGUCGUGUUGGCCACGAGCCUGUCUUUAGACGGCUCCAAGGACGACGACGAUGACAAGGGUUGGCGCCACGUCCGCGGCGAGAGCUCGCUCGCUGACAUGUAUGACUACGUCUGCCACGGAAAGAUCUAUAAGUUUGAGGAUGGUGCGGAUGGCCAGACUAUCCGAGCUUACAUCUCCUUCGGCGGCCUACUGAUGAUGCUUGAGGGCCCAUACAAGAAGCUGACACCGCUGCGUGUCGACAACACCUACCUGCUGGUCAAGAAAUGA